AUGGUCGUGGUGGGAAAACAGCGCGAGGAGAAUGUUGCCGAGCCUGUGCUGGCUAACUUGCUGAUCGAUGACCGUACGCCUUGGUACAAGAAGCCGAAUCUGAGACGGCUCUAUUUCAUCUUGUUUCCGGCGUAUUUUGGUCAUGCAACCGGGAAGAUGGUGAAUGGACGCCACGAGUACGCCAUCGAAGCGAACCUCAAGGGCUUUCUGGGUGCUGCAUACUCCCUCGGAGCUAUUAUCUCCCUGCCUUUUGUCCCAUACCUCAAUCAGCGAGUCGGACGACGAUGGACGAUCAUGUUCGGUUCAUGCGUGAGCUUGGUUGGGGCCCUCAUCCAGGGCUUCUCCAAUGGAGUGGCCAUGUACAUUGUCGCGCGUAUCCUUCUAGGAUUCGGAAUCCCGUUCUGCAUCGUCGCAGGGUCAUCUUUGCUGGGAGAGCUGGGUUACCCCAAGGAACGACCGAUUCUCACCUCGCUGUUCAACUCCUCCUACUUCAUCGGCCAGGUCAUCGCGGCAGCCGUGGGCCUGGGUACGGUGACCAUUUCGUCCAACUGGGCAUGGCGAAUCCCAUCUCUGCUUCAGAUUGCGCCCGCCACGGUCCAGAUCGUGACGGUGAUGUUCCUCCCCGAAAGUCCCCGAUACCUGAUCAGCAAAGACCGCUACGAUGAGGCCUUUGACAUCCUCACCAAGUACCACGCGGAGGGCGACCGCAGCUCGGUCAUUGUCAAGGCCGAACUGGCGCAGAUCGAACGCACCAUCAAGAUGGAGCUCGAAGAGUCCAAACAAUCCUGGUGGGACAUGUUCCGCACGGCCGGUAUGCGUCGUCGACUGUUCAUCUCCGCGUUUCUCGGCCUGUUCACGCAGUGGUCCGGCAACACGCUCAUUUCGUACUAUCUUAGCGACCUCCUGAACAUGGUCGGAAUCACCGACGGCGUGACCAAGUCCAAGAUCAACAUCGGCAUCGCCUGCUGGGGUCUCGUCUGUGGCACUGCGCUGGCACUGACGGCGCCGCGCUUCAAGCGUCGGCCGAUGUACUUGACCUGCGCAAGCUGCCUGCUGUGUGUGUACAUCGCAUGGACCAUCUCCAUGGAGCGCUUCAUGAGCACAAAGGCUCAAUCCGCAGCCAUUCUGACCAUCUUCUUCAUUUUUGCCUACUCGCCCGCCUACAACCUCGGCUAUAACGCCCUAACCUACACGUAUCUGGUCGAGCUGUUCCCUUACGUGGGCCGCUCACGCGGUCUCUCCUGGUUCCAGUUCUAUGGCCGCGGCGCAAGCUUCUUUGCCACCUACGUGAACCCCAUUGGUUUGACGCGCAUCGCCUGGAAGUGGCUCCUGGUGUACUGCUGCUGGCUGGUAUUUGAGCUGGUUUUUAUCUACUUCUUCUUCCCCGAAACUGCGGGCCGCACUCUUGAGGAGCUAUCGUUCUUGUUCGAGGACAAAGACAAGGCCAAUGAGGUCGCUGCAGCCGUUCACAAACGGCUCGAUGAGGAUGACGAGAAGAAAAAUGACACGGCACAUGUGGAGGCCCAAGAGACCAAGAAUGCUGUUUGA